AAUGUGAGAAUGGAAGUGAAAGUAUUUUGGAGGCGCUGGUUUGUUUCUUGGGGUGAACUGUGACUCUCAGGGUGUAGAGAGGGCCUGUGCGUUCUAGUCUGCCGAGCCGGGAAAGGUAAUCGACGUUGAACGUCUCUCUGCGGGAGAGCCAGACGGUGUCGGCAGCCGACCCGAAGAGGAAGCCCAGGAUAAUCAGGCAGUGUGGCCGCGGCCGGAUCUUUGGGCCGCUACCUGAUGUACUAUGCUUUCUUGUGAUAUUUGUGGUGAAACAGUAACCUCAGAACCAGACAUGAAGGCUCACCUGCUAAUUGUUCACAUGGAAAAUGAAGUUAUAUGUCCAUUUUGCAAGUUGUCAGGUGUGAAUUAUGAUGAAAUGUGUUUUCAUAUUGAAACUGCUCAUUUUGAGCAAAAUGAACUAGAAAGAAGCUUUGCGAGGAUCAAUACAAUACAGAUUAGAACUUCAGAUAACAGGAAGGACAACACCUUACAGUGUAGAAUGGAAGUUAAUUCUAGUGUCCAUUCAGCUUGUGCAUCUAAUCAUCCAAAAAUUUCAGCACAAAGCCUGCCUAAUGAUGGUACUUUAAAACAUAAAACCUUUUAUUCGGAGAACUUAACUGAAUCCAGAAAAUUCCUUAAAAGUAAGGAAAAAGAGUGUGAUCCAUCUAAAAUAAAAGGAUCAAUUUAUGAAACAACGUAUAGUUCUCCCGAAUGUCCGUUCUGCGGAAGAAUAGAAGAUUGUAGUCAAGAUAUGGAAAAUCAUGUGAAAACAAAGCAUGCUGAUCUUUUAGACACUCCAUCAGAAGUAUUAGGCAUAGACAGAGUCCAGUGUUCUAGAGAUCUAGAGUUGGCUCACCAGCUUCAACAAGAAGAAGACAGAAAGAAGAGAUCUGAGGAAUCACGACAAGAAAUGGAAGAAUUUCAGAAACUGCAGAGACAAUAUGGCUUAGAUAAUUCUGGAGGAUACAAACAACAGCAACUACGAAAUAUGGAAAUAGAAGUCAAUAGGGGAAGAAUGCAUCCAUCUGAAUUUCACAGAAGAAAAGCUGAUAUGAUGGAAUCGCUAGCUAUUGGUAUUGAUGAUGGAAAAACAAAAACUUCUGGAAUUAUUGAAGCACUUUAUAGAUAUUAUCAGAAUGCUGCUACAGAUGUGAGGCGUGUUUGGCUUUCCACAGGGGUGGAUCACUUUCAUUCAUCUUUUGGUGACAAAGGUUGGGGUUGUGGUUAUAGAAAUUUCCAGAUGCUACUUUCAUCGUUACUACAAAAUGAUGCCUAUGAUGAUUGCCUGAAAGGUAUGUCAAUUCCUUGCAUUCCAAAAAUUCAGUCUAUGAUUGAAGAUGCAUGGAAGGAAGGUUUUGAUCCUCAGGGUGCCUCUCAACUUAAUAACAGGUUACAGGGAACGAAGGCCUGGAUCGGAGCAUGUGAAGUAUACACACUCCUGACCUCCCUAAGGGUAAAGUGCCACAUAGUUGAUUUUCAUAAGUCAACUGGUCCUUUGGGUACACAUCCUCGUUUAUUUGAAUGGAUAUUGAACUAUUAUUCUUCAGACCGAGAAGGGAGUCCAAAAGUAAUGUGUACAUCUAAACCUCCAAUCUAUCUUCAGCAUCAAGGUCAUAGUCGCACAGUUGUUGGAAUUGAAGAGAGAAAAAACCGAACAUUAUGUUUACUAAUAUUUGAUCCUGGAUGUCCUUCUCGAGAAAUGCAGAAACUGUUAAAGCAAGACAUGGAGGCUAGCAAUCUCAAGCAACUUCGGAAAUUUGUGGGAAAUUUAAAACAUAAGCAAUACCAGAUAGUGGCAGUAGAGGGUGUCCUUUCUUCAGAGGAGAAAGUUGCCAGGAGACAAGCUUCUCAAGUCUUCACAGCUGAGAAGAUUCCUUGAAGAAUUAAGCAUUUCAAUGAUCAUGGAAUUUUACUUUAUUUUCCAAAUUCAGAUAUUGAAGUCCCUAAUACAGCUAUGAACCUAAAUUCUUUAAAUACUCAAUUUAUAAUUUAAUGUCUAAAACAUCUAAAUCAUACCUCAAGUACCUCACUGUUUAGUAACUAUUUCAAUAAACUAUUUUGUUUGCAUUA